CUCACCACCACAUUCCUGACAUUUCCCUUGCUUAGGCAACAUCCUGUCCUGAUAGCCAGCUUAAUUCCCUUUCUGGUACCCCCGGUCCCCUGCCCCAUACAGCGGCUGUUGGUCCUGUCCUGGGGUAACGUUACCCACCGGUGCCGGCGGCUCACACGAAGUGAAAAUGGACUUCAGCCAACAGCAGGCCUUGCUGAAGGAACGCCAGAGGCAGUACCAGGAGAGUUUGGGUGCAGAAAUGGAACAUUCCAACUUGUACGGUUUCCGUGUCCCUUCUCGCCUGCCCCUGUGCAGCACCACCUCCAUGGAUGUGAAUGUGUGUGACCUGGAGGAUCUCUCCCUGGACGACAUGUCCAACCCUGGCAGCCUCGGCACACCGGAUGACCUGGAAUAUGACUUUGAUGAUGCAGAUGUUUUUGACAUUGUGGAUUUCGAAGACACAGACUUGGAUAAGGGUGGAAAGGUACAGCUGCUGGCCAGGCAGGAGGUACAGCUGCUGCCAAGGCAGGAGGUACAGCUGCUGGACAGGCAGGAGGUACAGCUGCUGGUCAGGCAGGAGGUACAGCUGCUGGACAGGCAGGAGGUACAGCUGCUGGACAGGCAGGAGGUACAGCUGCUGGUCAGGCAGGAGGUACAACUGCUGCCAAGGCAGGAGGUACAGCUGCUGCCCAAGCAGGAGGCACAGCUGGUUAUCAACAAGCUAACAAGCAGAUUCCUGCAGCAGGAUCAGCCUUGA